GCAGGCGCUGCUCGGCAAAAUAAUCUCCACGAAAACGAUACGAUACGUGUUGUCAUCUGCACCGGAGGACUGGUGGGUGCUAGGCGAAUCUCCAGUCGGACCGCCUCGCGGACAACGAUGGACGAUGGCGUGGGCUACCUGCAGGACAGUCCAUCUGUAACGUCAUUGUGAACAUGGAGUGCAUGCUUGUAUUUUGCUGAAAAGGGAUCGGGUGUCUUUCAAGAAGGUUGUAGGCUAUACGAUUUUCCUCGGCGCACCAUUUUAGCUGUUGCGUUUGAAGAUGGAGCAUAUCAGGACGCCUAAGGUCGAAAAUGUGAGAUUAAUCGACAGAGUGACCCCCCGGAAGUCAACAGCCGGGACACUGUAUCUUUCAUCCACGCACAGCAUCUUUGUUGAAAACACAGAGGCUCGCAAGGAGACAUGGGUGUUGCACAGUUUGAUCAGCAGUAUCGAGCGUCCCCUCACCAACCCCUCUGGCAGUCCCCUGAUCAUCCGCUGCAAGAACUUCCAGGUCUACCACUUCCUCAUCCCUCAGGAGAGGGACUGUCUAGAUGUGCAGGCCUCCCUGACACGUCUCUCCAGACCAGAGAGGUAUACUGAGCUGUCGUGCUUCUCCUAUCAUCCCAACAUCAACAAGGAUGAGCGGGAGGAGGCCUGGAGCUUCAUAGACCUGCGGGCUGAGUACGGGCGAAUGGGAAUACCCAGCAACCUCUGGUACCUCACGCCUGCCAACAGCGAGUACAGGGUGUGUGACACCUACCCGUCUGACCUGUAUGUGCCAAAGUCGGCCACACCGUCCAUCAUUGUGGGCAGUGCCAAAUUCAGGAGCCGAGGAAGAUUCCCUGUCUUGUCCUACUACCACCGGGAUAAUGGUGCCUCCAUUUGUCGCAGUAGUCAGCCGCUAUCUGGCUUCAGUGCUCGCUCCACAGAGGACGAACAGAUGAUCCAGGCCAUCAUGAAGUCCAACCCAGCCAGCGAGCUGAUGUAUGUGGUGGACACAAGGCCAAAGCUGAAUGCAAUGGCCAAUCGUGCUGCUGGAAAAGGAUAUGAGAAUGAAGACCACUACACCAAUAUUAAACUGCAAUUUAUCGGCAUUGAAAACAUCCACGUCAUGAGGAACAGCCAACAGAAAAUCGUCGACAUGGGAGAGUUCAGAUUACCAUCAAUGGGAGACUUCCUAUGGGGCCUGGAGAACUCUGGUUGGCUCAAGCACAUCAAAGCUGUUCUGGAUGCUGGUGUCUUCAUAGCAAAGGCUGUAGGAGAAGAAGGGAUCAGUGUGUUAGUCCACUGCUCAGAUGGCUGGGACCGAACAGCACAGGCCUGCUCAGUUGCCAGUGUCCUUCUAGACCCUUACUACCGCACCCUGAAAGGAUUCAUGAUUCUUAUUGAAAAGGACUGGAUAUCAUUUGGACACAAGUUCUCUCACAGGUAUGCUCACCUGGAGGGUGACCCCAAGGAGGUGUCUCCAGUGAUCGACCAGUUCCUGGAGUGUGUGUGGCACCUGAUGGAGCAGUUCCCAUGUGCCUUCGAGUUCAACGAGCGCUUCCUGCUCCAACUGCACAUGCACGUGCACUCCUGCCAGUACGGCAACUUCCUGGGCAACUGCCAAAAGGAGAGAAGGGAUCUCCGGCUCCGUGAGCGAACCCACUCUGUCUGGCCUGUGCUGUGGGAGCAGCGGGCUGAGUUCUUGAACCCGCUGUACCGAGACGACCACAGCCAGACUCAGGGGGCACUGCGGCCCGUCACCACCCCCUACUGCUUCAAGUUCUGGAAGAGCAUGUAUAACCGGGCCGAGAGGGCGGCUGCGCUGGUGGCGCGGCAGUCUGCAGCCGAGUGUCUGUCUGCGGUGCGCGAAGAGACGCAGCAGCUAGAGGAGGAGCUGACCACCCACCAGGAGAGAAUAGCCAUGCUGACGGGAAAGAGUGUGGAGGCUGCCGUGAAGAUGAUGAGCAGAGCCAGUGACUGGACGCCCCGGCGUGCCCCUCCGGCCUCGGACCGGGCGGGAGAGGGGGUGGCCGAAAGCCCUCAGGACUACUUCCCCUGUGUGGACUCGGCCCCGGAGAGGGAACGCAAGACCCCGCCCGCGUCCCUGCCCCUCGUCUCGGCCCUGGGUGCUGGCGAACCUGAUGACCUCUCGGCCUGCAGCGACCUCGAGUCCGGUGUGGCCGACCUCAGCAGCCGUUCCUCCAGUGGCGGAGACGACAAGGACCCUGAUUUGUACGAGGCCGCCUACGCCACUGCCUGAGUACAAAUCCAGGCUAUGCAGAAAGGGAUUAGAGGGAAAUGUAGUUGGAGGUGGGAUGGGAGGGGACAGGAUGAGGUGGCCAUUUAUCUGAACCCUGUAGCCCCUUGAGCUGAGUGGUAGAAACUCUGUUUUUAAUAUGAUUUGUGCAUUGGAGGUGUCGCCGGGCAACUCUGGACGUGUUCCAGAGCACAAACACUGAGCCACCGAGCUGUUCUGGGCCCACAUGAGACAAGUGAACAAAUUGUGGACAAAGAUUUAUUUCUGGAGUUAAAAUGUCUUAAGUUUGUUUACAGUUAAGGGAAACAACUAUUUAUUAUAUGUGCAAUACAUUGUAUUAAGCUAUGUUUGUAUUAUUUGAACAUUUUUACUGGAAUUGUGCACGUUAUUUUUUUUAGACCCUGGUUGUGGUUUUCCAUACUCCCCUUUUUCCAUUUUAUUUCUCAGGUUAGCAAAGUCACUGUUAUUCAGAAUCUGUUGUCUCAGUAAUUAGCUAGAGAAAUUAAUCUUAAGAAUGUACUAACAUUCUAAUUAUAGCCUCAACCAGUAGGACACAUGUAGUCUGUUAGAACCUUCUAUUUUUAAUCAACACGCUCAAGUCAGUGAAACUAGUCCAACUUAGGCUGUAAUUAAUUGAGACCAUUUUGCUGCCAAAAUACAUGAUACUCAUACAUAUGUAACAGCACAGUACCUCAAACAUUGUCCCUCCAAAACUGAAUUGGAGCUUUAAGAUGUUUUAGUGUAGCUGAGAAGGGAAAUUAUGCUAGUCAGUUUGCAUCUUGGACCCAGUGUUAGAGUUUAGUCUUGACUCUUCCACCCUUGCCAACUGCUAGUCAUAGUAAUUUUGACAUUAUUUUGCAAAAUUAUUCUAGAAAUACAUUUAUUCCUAAGGAUAUAUUGGGACAUCCAAGUCUGGUAGAACCACCUGUACAGUUUGGAGCAAACUAAAUAAGAGAAACUUCAGUUUGCCAACUUUGUGAAAGGUGGUGUACUUCCCAUUUCUCUGUUUGUGAAUGUGUGUGUAUCUACUGUGUUUUAACUGUACUCGAGUGCUAUUCGCAUUUGUGACACAAACCUCAAAGCUCCUUUUUCCAAAUCUGAAAAGCACCACAUCCCUAUCAUACCUAGCUAUAUUUGAUGUCUGGUACACCCUGUUAUUCGUACCCUUAGUAAUUAAAAUACCUGAUCCACAACAAA